GACGUCGGGCGCAAGGCCGCCCGAAGCGCAUGGCUGGCUUUGUUGAAAAGACAAAUCUUUACAGCUUUUUGUUGCUUUAAAUUCGGAUUCAGAUUCCUAGGUGGUUUUUUUUUCAUAUUGUAUGACGACCCUGGAUCCUUUUAUGUACACGUAGAGCCGUUCCCUAUAAUACAGCCUAUAGCGCUCAAUGUUGCAAAUCUGUCUACACAAGUUAACAGUAGGCCUAUAUUGCAAAUAAAUGCUAGCUGUGUAUACGCCCAUGCCCAAAUUAAUGUACUCGGCCUAAAUCCUGAUAGUGUAUUCCAGCAAUGGCGUGUCGCGUUGCGUCGGCAGUGGUGGUCGCUGUUUUUCUUUUGGUCGUCCAGGUUUGGGCCAAGGAACCCCAACGAUGUUGUUGGAUCAGUCAGAUGUAUGGAAACUUUGCGCUUCAGCAGAAUAAGGAGUUGGAGGAUGGGACUAUAGUCGUAGAAGAGACGGGCGGAGAGUUUGCCUACGAUAAGACCUUCAGCGCCAAGUCCUUCAUUUUCACGGAGACUUUUGAAAACGGCACCCAACGCAUCGGGCGGUUUGUGGAUUUAUUCGAUUUGGGGGUAUCCUACUUCAUCGAGGAUAACCAAGGCGAGCAGAGAUGCCUGAGAAAGCGGAUUCCUGCCCGGUUCCCAGAAAACUGCAUUCCUGAGAAGGCCGAGUUCUUUAAUAACGUUACUCUUGGUGACCACGCCCUAUCCGGCAACGUUUGGGAACUCAACGUAUUUGGGGGCGGUUACCUCUUUAACGGGUCCUUCCUGGUUGCGGCCGACUACUGCGUGCCUCUUACCAACAACUAUGUCAGGUAUGACUUCAACCAGAACCCACCGGUGGUGAAUCUUAUCACCGCUGCCUGGGCUGACAUUAGGCUUGGAAUCUGUGAUCGAGACAAGUUCUUCCACAUUCCUGAUGAGUGUCCACAGGACGUCAUGACGCCAUUCAUGGAGAAGAAGUUGAAACAUCGCCAGAUGAUGGAGAUGUCCUUCCGCGUCGACACACUCAUGUGAUUUCGAAGCUCGGCGAUGUGCAGUUGACUAGCCAUAAACUUAAGUUCUUCGAUUGAUAUAGCGGUUAGAAUAAAGAUUACAAAGUAACACAUGGUCAUGACAAAAGGCUAGAGAUUAAUACUUGGUCACUGUAAACUUCACCUAGAAAACUACUUGCGAUUAAAACCGUCAUUAUAGUAUGUUUCUCUAAUAGUAUUCGAGAAUUUGUACGUCAACAGUGCGUAAGAAAUUUAGUGGGUUUUUUUUUUUGUACAUCUGUUUUCGUUUGGAGCAACAAAUAUUGCUAAACACAAAUCUUAUUAAGGGUGCAGAAGGUUUUAGCUCAGUGACUUCUCCACAUUUUGAGGAAACAGACUAGCCUUUGCACAUGAUUAUUUUGGUCCCUGUAACUGGAUUCCUUUAAUUAUGCAUGUGGAAAACGUGUGCCCAGGGGCAACCCCUUUUUGAACCCCCUUCAAUGAUAUUGUUUUCUUCCGAACGAUACCAUUUCAGGUGGGAUAAUUUUGACAGGGGUAUUUGGUACCUCUCCAAUUUCAGUGAAUUUUUUUCCUCUUAAGUCGGUGGAUCCAUUUCCUUGCAUUCUGUACCUUUCUUUAAUAGUCCAGGACACGCAUUGCUUCGUCCCCGUUUCUAACAUUUCUUAGUAUGCAUAGUUACCAUGCGAGAGCCACUAAAAUGUCGUACAGAAGCUUCUUUAAAGUCUUUUUCGGUAAAUUCAUCACGAACGAUUGUACAUGUCGCCAUCAAGGAGUUACCAUUUAGUUUGUUAUCAAGGAUUCUCACUUGUAUUAACUGCACAGGGGUAACUGUAGAGGUUUUUUGUCCUUCAAGCAUAAAUUUAAAAAAAUGCAUUUCCAUGCAAAAAAAAAAUUCA